UGAGCCGAAAAGACGGAAGGGUAGAAAAAUAUAUUGCUUUCACUGCUUGUUGCUUGUUGUGUGUAAUUUAUUGGGAUUUUACUGACGAACAGGAAUGCUCGAUGUUUAGUCAAUACAAUUUGGCCACUAUUGGUGUUAUUUAGAGGUUGUCGACGACGUGUUUUUUUUUUUUUUAUUUUCUGAAUUCUAGGAGUUGAUGUUUUCUGUAGUUGGUCAGCAAGCUAACGCUCCUCUCUAAGUCACAAAUACAUCUAUCUUGAACAUCACAUAGGGCACUCAGGUAUGUUUCAGCAAUGGAGAUCACUCCUAAGGCAGCCAAAUUAAAAUCUGUGUAUUCCACACCAUGUUACUCCGGGGAAUCAAGUCCCUACGAAACAAAAGAGGAAAAGAGUAAUCAAAAGCUCAGUGUCUCACUGAGGGAGAGGCUGAAGAGAUCAAGGCGCUCCUUCACCUCGCCCUUGUCUGUGGCCAAGCGCCUCUGUGUUGAUGAUGGGGAGGAGGAGGAGGUUGGCCAACAUGUUCCAGCAGCUUGCAAGGAAACCGAUAGUAACCCCUCAGAAGACAUGCAGAGUGUCGACGUAAACAGAAACACAGUGAGUGAAAGGGCUGCUGGACCCAGUCCUGAAGCAACACAGCCUCCUCCUGCAGACAUGUCAGAGCUGCGGGACCAGCUCAGACGGGAGGUUAGAGAUAAGACGGAGACUCUUCGCAGGCUGAAGAUGGUCAAAAUGUACAGAAGCAAGAAUGACUUGACCCAGCUCCAAAUGUUAAUUGACAAGUGGCGAAGUUGUGUUCAGGCUGCACUCUAUGAGCUCCAGACAGAUCUUCCCAUCGACGGACGAAAGGCCAGCCUGUCCCAGCUCAUUGAUCUCUUUGGCCUGGAAGACACCCUACUGCACUUUGACCGAGCAGAAGAGGACUUCGCUACCUAAAUAUAUGCUGCCUUAGUGUAGACAUACACAUAUUUUCACACAUAUGUAUAUGGUACACAGAAAUAAUACUUUGCCACAUUUCAGAGAUGGUUAUAUAUUGUUUUAUUUGUUGCUGCUGUGCCAUUGUUAUUCCCAGCUUAAGUUGUACAAUUCAUGUUGAAAAUCUCUGUUGCCAUUUUUAUUUUAACUGUAAAAAGAAAUGUAAAUAAACCCUGUUUCUCCUUGAA